ACGGAUGGCAUGAUCAGCAUGGCUCAGCAAUCGCUCUCGUCGCUGGUCCAAACAUGGCUGCAGUGGGACCAGGACCCUACGACUCGCGCAGAAAUAGAACACCUGCGCGAUACCAAUGACACGAAGGAGCUAGAGCUGCGCCUCCGGAACCGCAUCGAAUUCGGCACGGCCGGCUUGCGCGGCCGCAUGGCUGCUGGCUUCUCCUACAUGAACUGCUUGACAGUGAUCCAGGCGUCACAGGGACUCGCCAAGCAUAUUCGUAAUAAGCGCCCGGAGAUCGCCUCCAAGGGUGUCAUUAUUGGGCAUGACGCCCGCCAUCACUCUCACAGGUUUGCUCAGCUCGCUGCCAAUGCUUUCAUUGCGCAGCAAAUCCCUGUCAAGUUCGUCGACGAGUCAGCACCGACUCCCCUAGUUGCCUUUGGGGUGCACAAGUUCAAGGCUGCCGCGGGUAUAGUGGUGACUGCAAGCCAUAAUCCACCUCAAGAUAACGGUUAUAAAGUCUACUCCAGCAAUGGCGCUCAGAUCAACAGGCCCGAGGAUGGAGAGAUUGCACAGUCAAUCCUUGAGAACCUGGAACCAUGGCCAAAUGCCUGGGAGGAAGGCCGACAGCCUGGCGAGUACUUUGAUGAAGAAGCUCUCCAACAGAUCCUUGUCCCCUUCCAACGUCAAGUCAAGGAAUAUGCGAUAUCCACUGUGUCAGCGACAUACCCCCCUCAGCCAUUCGUUUAUACUCCCAUGCACGGCGUAGGAGCCAUCCGAAUUGGCUCUCUGUUGACCCAAAUGGGUAUGCAGGAGGGUAAAGAGUAUGACCUUGUGCCCCAGCAAGCGCAACCAGAUCCCAACUUCUCCACUGUCCAGUUCCCUAACCCCGAAGAGGCUGGAGCUUUGGAUCUCGCGGUACAGGUGGCGGACGAACAAAACAAAACGCUGAUAUUUGCCAACGAUCCUGAUGCGGAUCGAUUCGCAGUGGCUGAGAAAGUCGAUGGGAAAUGGUUUCUUUUCACAGGAAACCACGUUGGCGUUCUUUUGGCGUCCCAUCUUUUUGACGCUAUUAGCUCCGGUGUAGACACGUCGAAGAUUACGGUUCUGACGACGACCGUGUCAAGUGGGAUGCUUCAGAAGAUGGCGAAUUCCGCAGGCAUUCAAUUUAUGGAGACUCUCACCGGCUUCAAGUGGAUGGGGAAUGUUGCCCUGGAUCUGGAAAAGAAUGGGCAGACGGUGCCAUUUGCUUACGAGGAAGCACUGGGUUAUAUGUUCCCUGCCGUCAGUUAUGACAAGGAUGGCAUCACGGCCCUUUCGGUCUUCUCCAUGGCAGCUGCAAAGUGGAAAGCCCAGGGUUUAACCGUGUUCGGCAAGCUCCAGCAGCUUUUUGCAGAGUUCGGUCACCAUGAGACAUUGAACAAUUACUUCCGGUCUCCCAGCCCCCAACUCACUCUUGAGUUGUUCCGUGGUAUCCGGAAUGGCUCUUUCCUCUCUGGCAUGCAGUUCGGCGCCUUCAAAAUUUUACGAUGGAGAGAUCUGACUGAAGGAUAUGACACUGCUUCAUCAAAUCAUCAGCCUGAUUUGCCCAUCGACUCUACCAGUCAGAUGCUUACGCUGUGGUUGGAAGGUGGAGUGCGCUUCACACUUCGAGGCUCCGGUACCGAGCCGAAGGUCAAGUUCUAUAUCGAGAGCUGCGGCGAUUCUCGGGAAGAUGCCGUCCAGGGUGUGUGCGAUGCGUUCCUCACCAUUCUAAAGGAAUGGGUCCAGCGAUACACCCCGUCAAUGACUUACAACAAUGAGCUUUCUACGUCAUCGGGAUCUGUUUUGAAGGUAGACAAACAAUGA